AUGGACUUAUUUAGAGGAUUCCUACAGCGAUUCAAAUAUCAAUCACUAGGCGGAGAACAGGAUGCAGAGGCUGCAGAGGCCAAUACUACAGAUUCCACUUCAACGAGACUGCAGAUACCGACAUUUUUCUGCUUAGGGAUAUCGAUGCUUUUACCCUGGAACAUGCUCAUUUUAGCGCUGCCUUUCUUCAGUGACGUCAUUUCCUACGAUUUAUUCCCUUCUGCGCUAUCUGCUGCAUUCACUCUACCCAACUUCCUCACUUUGGCAUUUGCGACUCUCACCCACACCGGCUCCGAUAUGGAUACGCGGGUGAAGAGGUCCUUAAUGCUUAUGACUAUUCCUUUAGCAGCGUUAGGAUUCUUAGCUUACAUCUCAGCCACCUUUAAAACUCAGUUCCUCUUUGGGGCUGUGUUGGGGUGCGCAAUCAGCAUUGCUAUCGGCGUUGCUUAUUUGCAAUCUGCAGCUACAGCUCUUGCUAGCUUGUACGGUCCAGCACACCUCAAAGCCAUCUUUACAGGUCAGGGUAUUGUAGCCGUCAUAGCUUCACUUUUCCAGUUGGUUCUCCAAUUACUUUCCAAUAGCAGCGAGGGCGACACGGCAACUGCAAAUGCGCUCACCAUGUUCAUUUCAUAUCUUACCUCUACCCUAAUUCUGGUGGUUUCUGCAGCCCUCUUCUACCACCUCUCAAAAACGAUCACCUUUAUCGAAUUGGUGUCGAAUAAUAAACUUAAAACACCAUCCAAGCAUCCCUUCGAGCUUAUGAAGCAGGUGAAUGCUCGUGUUUGGCAAUAUGGCUCAGCAGUCAUGCUCGAUUUCGCUGUCACUUUAGCCGUAUACCCAACAGUCACAGUACUCGUGAGAUCUUCACAGCCUAUAGAAUCACAGCCAUCCCUUCUCCAUGCUUCAUACUUCCCCUUGAUUCACUUCCUUACUUUCAACUUAUCAGAUCUCGCAGGUCGUGCUCUUCCAUCGCUAGAGCUGCCUGACAGAUUUAAGCCAGACACAAUCAAGACUAUCCACCCCACAUCCUCGAAAGUGUUGAAUACAAUUUCAGCUUGUCGUGUCAUUUUUAUUCCCCUCUUCUUAGCUUCUAACAUACCUAACACGGCACCAUCACUGGUAAAAAAUGACGCUGUUUUCUUCACCCUGGUUGUACUCUUCGGUUUGACGAAUGGAUACACUGCCACCAACGUUUUUACAGCAGGCACCAACGAGCAAUUCAACACAAAUCUCAAUAAUCCGCUUUCUAUUCCUGGUAAUGAACAGCACAAUGCUAAAGACAUCGGAGCUAGCGUGUUGGUUUUCUAUCUCACAGCUGGUUUGAGUACAGGCAGUAUUCUCUCAUUCAUUGUGCCUACAUUUGUUAAAAGCAUAAAUUAG